AGGAGAGGAGGGGGGAGUGUAAUGACUAAAAACCCAGCCUCCCAGAGACAGAGGAGCGAGUCACUCUCAGCUCCGCUGACAUUCCCAACAAGCAUUGCAGGGGAGGAAACUGUGUGUGAUCCACAGCGAAACACACACUGAGCGUCAGGCUUCGUUACAGCUGCAGGAAGAGAACGAGUCGAGGUGGAGGCUUAAACUGAGAGAAGAAGAAGAGGAGAAAACUGUCCUGAGUGAUCUGUGUUUGUUUCUUAACAGAAGAAGAAGAAUUAGACGUAGAAGAAGAAAAAAAGAGGCCGACAUGUCCAACGCACUGCUGAGGAGAAACUCCAGCAAACAGGGUUUACAGAACCUGAUGAGGCUGACGGCUCAGAGGAGCAUCGAAGAUGCCGAGGAGGUGGAGAGAGAGCGUCGUCGAAGAGCUCGAGAGGCUUUGCGCCGGCGAAACAGUGGCUCAUCACCUGAAGAGUUGUCACCAGACAACGAGACGCCAACAGAGGAGAAUAUAUACGACACAGACUUGAAGCCGAGGAGCUCUCCGUCCCUGGAGGAGGACGAAGGCUUCAGCGACUGGACUCAGCGCAGAGAGAGACGGAGGCAGCAGCGCCUGCAGGAGCUCAGCCAGGGAGGCGAGGAGGACGAGGACGAAGAGGAGGACACGAUAAACAAGGAAGCUGCACGUAAAGACGUCCAGGCCUCGUCCACAUCCUCCAGCCGACUCCAGAGACAGGAGCAGGAGGAGACAGACAGGGCCAGGGUGGAGGCGGCGAGGAGGAAGGAACGUGAGGAGGAGGCGAUUCGAGCCGAGAAGGCAAGGAGGGAGAAAGAGAGGGAAGAGGAGGAGAAGAAGAAGAGGGAGGAGGUGAUGACAAAGAGGAGGGAGGAGAUUCAGAGACCAAAAACAGAGGUGGAGAAAAGAAAAGAAGUUAAAGUCUCCUACACAUCAAAGGUUUUCCUUCACCAGGAGCCGAAACACAGCAACGCCAACGGAGAUGCAACCAACAUGGAGGUCACGUCGUACGUCCACAACAAGACAAAAAGAUCCAGCAGCAGAACCACGGAGCCAGAGGAGGCGGAGGCCAUCUUGGAGACGGAGCAGCGUCUGGAGAAGAUCCGACGGAGCCUCCAGGUGAAGGAGAGCCAGGAGCUGGAGCAGCUGAGACACCGACAGGCCGAGGCCGAGCAGGAGCUGGAGGAGCUAAAGAGGAGGAGGGAGGAAAGGCGCAGAGUCCGCGAUGAAGAGGAGCGUCGGAGAGAGGAGGAGGAGCAGCAGCGGCUGGCCAAAGAGGAGGAGGAGAGGAGACGGAUGAAGGAAGACAUCGAGAGGAGGAGGAUGGAGGCGGCAGAGAGGAUGAAGAGCCUGAGCACAUCCAGCAUCGAUGGGGACGAGAUGUUCAGUCCUUUCAGUCCCAAAGUUCCCACACACAAGAUCACAGAGAGGACAGAGUCCCUGAACCGCUCGCUGAAGAAAAGUAACAGCUUUAAGAAGACACAGCCUCUGGUCCUGACGUCCAAGAUCGACGACAGGCUGGAGCAGUACGCCCACGCUGUGGAGAACUCUCAGGAGGCCCGGGCAGUGAAGGCAUCGCUGACUGACCUGCCCAGCUCACCUGAGGUUGUCACUGCCAAGAAGAACCUGUUUGAGGCUGGAGAGGUCUGGAGUCCCACCAAGGGAGCGACCUGCAAGGAUACAGAUGGUCUGAAGGUGGGCGUGGCCAACCUGAUCACCCAGUGGGUAAAAGGCCCCUCAGACGGUGGCAGUCAGUCGCCCUGCAGACCAGCAGAUGUGAAGCCUGGAGACGUGAUGCAGAAAAAGAACAUGUGGGAGAUCAUCGGAGACUCGUCGGUGAAGUCAGGACAAAGAGGAAAGAGCUCAGCAGCUGGUAAAAAGUACAAGUUUGUCGUCACUGGUCACGGAAAAUAUGAGAAAAUUCCUGUGGAUGAUGAGAAUGGAGGAGAAUUCACUAACGGAAAGUCUGGUUUGUGUCAUGGUGAUUACUGAACAGAUGUCAUCUCUUCAGGUGAUUUCCACACAAAAACAUCACAAAAACAUCCACUGGCCAUAAAGAUGUCUAAUAGAAGCAGCUCUUCAACAGUUAGUCUCAGUAUUUCACGUAUAUUUUCAAAAAUCAUAAUUUCCAACUCAGCAGCUCAAGUCCAAAAGAUUUGAUCAUCAAAUGUCUAUAUUUGUUCAAGUUCCUCUUUGUUUUUGUAUUUUCUUAUAUUCUGUUUCAGUUUCUGUUAUUGCAUAUAUAUAUCUGACUGUGAGCUUUACAGCUACUGUUAUUUUUUCUCCAGUACAGUGUUUAGGUGACUCAUUGCCAAUGAUUGAUCCAUUUAUAAUGGCAUGUAGGGAAAGACUCUUGACUAGAAAAAGUUUACAUUGUCCAAUCAUGUAGAAUUAAAAGAUCACACAGUGUUAUGGUAUCUAUUCUGUACUUACGCUCUGGCUAAAGAACAAUCUGAAACAGUUCGGCUUUGGUUCAUACUGAUGAGAAUUUAUCAUGGUUCACUCUAUGUAGCCAUUUACCAGAAAUGGAGGAUUCGGUAUCUGUCACAGCAGCCUUUAUCACGUAGACACCCGAUCUGUACAAUUAAACCCUAUUACCUGUGUAUGUUUUAGUUCGCUGGAUCCUUCAGCUUUGUCUCUGUACCACUGCAGACAUUUUUCACCUCGUGUUUGUAACCCCUUUUCUCAAAUAAAUUAAGAUAAUUUUCUACUUUA